CGCGCGGCGGAGGCCUCAGAUGGAGGCCCACGGCGCCCCCGCCCAGGCCCCGACCGCGGCAGAAAUGCGCGACGUCUACAGUUACCUGGGCCGCGAGCAGCAGGCUGUAUAGGCCCAGCGCUAGGAGCAGGCCCGGGCCCGUGGGAAAGGGCACCAUAUCAGGAUGCUGGCUCUCUCUGGUGCAGCCUCUGGGCUACAGGGCCUCUCCGCGGAUAAAUGCAGAAUUGGUAAACACAAAUUCAGGGGGCUCACAGGCACCCUGAGGCCAUCCAUGGACAGAUGCAGGAUUGGAAACCCUGACUAUAAUGUGUGUAAUCCACGAACUACAAGAUCCUCUCAGUCUGGACCCCUGCCCACAACACACGCAUGGCUCCGCUUUCACAGCCUCCUUCUUCACAGAAUUGUUUGUAAUCUUGUGUUUAACUGAUUUUAUUUGAGGUCUGUCUCUCCACUAGUCUGUAAGCUACAAACCUUCCAACCCGGAAUUUAGGAACAGCCCCAAAUCCUGGAACUCCAAGGAAGGGCUCCUGUGGCUCUGGGGUUGGCGUUCUCACCUGAGGACCGGCGAGGCGGAAGCUUGGAUAGAUUGACCUGGUGCAGAGCCUCAAAUUCAGCCCGAGUGCAGCAGGAGCCCCUUGCAACCGACCAGCCAAAGCACAAAAGCUACCUGUCUGAUUGGAGUUUACUUAGCAAUUCGUCGACCCCAAGUCACAGAAAAAAACUCUUCUAGGAUCUCCAGGUCCUCUUACCCCUCAUACUUCAUAGCCGCCAUCCCCUGAAACAAGGAAUUUCUCCAGAAGGCCAGAAGCAGUGUUAAGCGUUGUUCUAGUGCCUAGCUGAGGCCUGACAACUUCAUGCUCCCAGAACAGCAGUGGUGACACACAUCACCCCAGGGCCCACAGCAGAUGCCUAGGCAUUGAAGCAGGAACUCGAUGGCACAAAAAAAGAAAUGCAAAUUUUGUCCCAGCACCUGAGAGCAAAGAAGACAGUUCCUGCCAUGUGCCUUCCUGCCGGACUCAGCACACUGUGAGGCCACUGUCUUACCUCUUCUCUGUCCUCCUCCUUCCCUCAGACUGUAGGCUCUCAGAGAGCCAGGUCAUGUUCUUCUUGCGCCCCCAGCAGAGUGCAUUGAACCAGGGGCCGCGCUGCUGAGGGUAGCCCCACACACCAGUUGCUCUCUCUCACCAGGUUGGCAUCCCCCAGACCCUAUCGGGACGAACCUCCACAAUCUCCGGGCCUCCGCGGCGCCAGGGGGCGCUGUGGACGCUCCAGCUGGGCUUCUGGGGGCUCUCCAGGCUCUCAGGACAGCAGACGCCCGCCCCACCUGCGCGAUGGGCUCUGAGGCGGCGCAACUGCUAGAGGCUGCCGACUUCGCGGCUCGCAAGCACCGACGGCAGCGGCGGAAGGACCCCGAAGGGACCCCCUACAUCAACCACCCCAUCGGUGUUGCUCGGAUCCUGACCCACGAGGCGGGAAUCACUGACAUCGUGGUGUUACAGGCAGCCCUGCUCCAUGACACAGUGGAGGACACAGACACCACCCUUGACGAGGUGGAGCAGUACUUUGGGGCCCAAGUCCGGCGUCUGGUGGAGGAAGUAACAGAUGAUAAGACUCUGCCCAAGAUGGAGAGAAAGCGGCUGCAGGUGGAGCAUGCGCCCCACAGCAGCCCAGGGGCUAAGCUGGUGAAGCUAGCAGACAAGCUGUACAAUCUGAGGGACCUGAAUCGCUGCACCCCAGAGGGAUGGUCCGAACAUCGAGUCCAGGAAUACUUCGAGUGGGCGGCGCAGGUGGUGAAGGGCCUUCAGGGAACAAACGAGCAGCUGGAAGAGGCUCUAACGCAGCUAUUUAAGGAGCGGGGGCUGACACUCUGAGCAGUGCUUGGAGCCAUCAAGUGGCAGACUCCAGCCUUGCUCAGGCCAGAGGAGUCAUGCUCCAGCCUUUCAGUGCCUCCCAAGCUCGUCCCUGGUUCGCUCAGCCUAGUAGUCAAAAAUACUUGUCUUUUCUCACUCUGAAGGCCUCCUGCCCACUAAGCUGAGCUCUGGAUUGUGGGAGACAGAUGCACCCCAUCCACUUCUAAUGCAUUCACUGCCCAUCAAGGCCUCCGGUCAGUUGGCCAUUUUGCAUAGUGGAAUCUCUGGCUUCUCAGCGACAUGAGCUUAUAUAACCACUGGUUUAUGGUCGCUAUGGAAAAUAAAGCAUUUUGGGUAAAGGUUUAAGUUGCUGCUUCUCCUUCUCCAGCCUCUGGAGUGGGGAACCGGUAGGUGGGAUACCUGCCCUGCCCCCUGAAACAGGUCCCUCAGGUUAAGGACCUCAACCCCUCUGAGCC